GCAGAAUCAUUCAAGGAACAAGGAAACGCGUACUAUGCCAAGAAAGAUUACAAUGAAGCGUACAACUAUUACACAAAAGCCAUAGAUACCUGUCCUAAUAAUGCCAGUUAUUACGGUAACAGAGCCGCCACGCUGAUGAUGUUGGGGCGAUUCCGAGAGGCACUGGGAGAUGCUCAGCAGUCUGUCAGAUUGGAUGAUAGCUUUGUAAGGGGCCAUCUUCGGGAAGGGAAGUGCCAUCUUUCCCUGGGGAAUGCCAUGGCUGCCAGCCGCUGCUUUCAGCGAGUUUUAGAACUGGAUCAUAAGAAUACCCAGGCGCAGCAAGAGCUGAAGAACGCCAGUACUGUGCUGGAGUAUGAAAAAAUAGCUGAAGUGGAUUUUGAGAAACGGGAUUUCAGGAAGGUUGUAUUUUGCAUGGAUCGUGCUUUGGAGUUUGCUCCUGCUUGUCACCGGUUCAAAAUCCUCAAGGCUGAAUGUUUAGCGUUGUUGGGUCGCUACCCAGAAGCACAGUCCGUAGCAAGUGACAUCCUACGAAUGGACUCCACAAAUGCAGACGCUCUGUAUGUCCGUGGUCUCUGCCUUUACUACGAGGACUGUAUUGAGAAGGCAGUGCAGUUCUUUGUCCAGGCGCUCAGAAUGGCUCCUGACCACGAGAAAGCAUGUCUUGCCUGCCGUAAUGCCAAAGCACUUAAAGCAAAGAAAGAAGAUGGGAAUAAAGCGUUCAAAGAAGGAAACUACAAACUAGCAUAUGAACUGUACACAGAGGCACUAGGAAUAGAUCCAAAUAACAUAAAAACAAAUGCCAAACUCUACUGCAACCGGGGGACAGUUAAUUCAAAGCUUAGGAAACUUGAAGAAGCGAUAGACGACUGCACGAAUGCGGUAAAACUGGAUGACACGUAUAUCAAAGCGUACUUGAGGAGAGCACAGUGUUACAUGGACACAGAACAGUAUGAAGAUGCUGUAAGAGACUACGAAAAGGUUUAUCAGACAGAAAAGACGAAAGAACACAAGCAGCUUCUAAAGAACGCACAGGUGGAGCUGAAAAAGAGCAAACGGAAAGACUACUAUAAAAUCCUUGGGGUUGACAAAAAUGCCUCUGAAGAUGAGAUCAAGAAAGCUUACAGGAAAAGAGCACUAAUGCAUCAUCCAGACCGACACAGUGGGGCAAGUGCAGAAGUACAGAAGGAAGAGGAGAAGAAAUUUAAGGAGGUUGGUGAAGCCUUUACCAUCCUGUCAGAUCCCAAGAAGAAGGCCCGCUAUGACAGCGGCCAGGAUCUAGAAGAGGAUGGAUUGAACAUGGGAGAGUUCGAUGCAAAUAAUAUCUUCAAGGCCUUCUUUGGUGGGCCAGGUGGCUUCAGUUUUGAAGCUUCUGGGCCUGGAAAUUUCUUUUUCCAGUUUGGCUAAAAAAAAAACAACAAACCCACACAUACUGAUCUGCUUAUUUUAACCUCGAAUACGGACAUACGUAGACUCCUUCCUUCAUCAUGUCUCGUUGUACUUAGAGCAGUUUCAGUUUUCUCGGUUGGAGGCCUCUGUUUUGUGUGCUGUUGUGUGUGAAGAGGAAACCAGCUCGGGGAGGGGAAGGCUUGUGAAUUUUGUUUUAUUGUUAACUUUAUUAAAAAAGCAAAAAAUAAAGCUUUGAAUCUUUUGGUCCCU